AUGGAGGAAUUGGAAUUAUUAAGAAAAAAAUUAUAUUUAAUACAAAAAGAUAAGAUCGAUCAAAAGUUAUCAGAAAGAAAUAGUAUCGAGAUUAUUUUGAAAAUGAUAGAUUUGAAGAUGGUGGAUAUUAUAUUUAGUUUGGAUGGUAAGGAAUAUAUUACACCAAAGCAACUAGAGUUUGAAAUUAAAGAUGAGAUAUUAAGAUCGGGUGGUAGAGUAGUUAUAACAGAUUUACAGCCAUUAUUAAAUGUUGAUUCAAGCUAUAUUCAAGAUGCAAUUGUUCAAAUAAAAAAGAAGGAGGGUCGUUCACUUCAAAUUUACCAAGGAGAGUUGUUAACAAAGUAUUAUUUAGACUCUGUGGUUCAAGAAAUUCAAGAGCAGCUUUUGGAAGUUGGCAAAUUACAUAUAAACGAUUUAUCAAAUAGAUUCUCAUUAGGCGUCGAUUUAUUAACAGAUAUUAUUCAAUCCAGAGUCGGUAAAUCUUUAAAUGCUGUAUUUGACUCACAAGAGGUACUCUAUACUCAAGCUCAUAUCGACAGACAUUAUCAUAAAGUAAUGGGUUUAUUUUCAUCAGUAACUCAGCCUUGUAUAAUCUUGCAACUCAUUAGAAAACAACCAAUUCAAUAUCAGUUCAAUGAAAGAUUGGUUGUUCAACAGUUACAGCAAUUAAUAGAUUCAAAAAGAAUUCAGGGUAUAAUUCAAGGUAAAGGUAAUAAUGCAGAAUAUAUACCAAAUAUUUUUUCUAGCCAAAGAUCAAAAUGGAUUGAAACUUUUUAUAAUCAAAAUCAAUUUAUAACUUUUGACUCACUAUUAAAGUUUCAAAUUAAUGAUCCUGUUUCUUAUUUAAAAAAUAAUUUUAAAAAUGGCAUAGCAUUAUCUUCAACCUUUAUAAAUAACUCUAUAAUAGAUAAAAUCGAUGAUAGCAUUACAGAUAUUAUCGAAAAUUCUUCUUGGUUAGAAAUUUUGCCAUUAGUACCAUCACCAUUAACAAAUAAAGAUAUUUCACUUUUAAUUUCAAAUUGCCCAAAUAUGAAAAUAACAAAUAGUUUUGAAGAAAAAGCAAUAGUUUUAAAUGACAAUUAUAUUAUUAGUAAAACCUUUAUUGAUCGUUGCUUUUCAUUAUUAAAAAAUACAAUUCAAGAAAAAAUUGAAAAUUAUAAAGAGUUUUUAGAGGAAGAAAAGGAAAAGUCAGCAACUACAACAACAUCAUCAAAUAAAGCAAGUAAAAAACCAAAUAACAAAGUUAAAAGUAGAGGUAAACAACAACCACCCCCAGAUUUCGAUUCAAAUGCUUCAUCAUCAGAUGAGGAGAAUGUAAAAUCAAAUAAAAAACACAAAGACGAUGAAGAAUAUGAAAUUAUUGGUUUAAAACAACAAAAGAAGGCAUCAAAUAAAAAAUUGGAUCAUUUGCAAGAAAUUACACAGUUGUUAAAAAAAUGGUAUGGUAAUAUGGAUAAAGAGCUUAUUGAAAGUUUAACACAGUAUCUUAGACCUUUAGUAAACAAAACAUGGGAGACUAUGGAAAAGGAGGCAAAGGAUAGAAUAGAUAACGAAGCAAUGAAGGAAAGAAAACAACAACAUAAACAACUUUUAACUCAAUUCAAUUCUCUUUACUCAAACUUUUUAUUAUUUAAAAAAGGUUUAGAUACUUUUGAUAAGGAUGCUUUGGAAAAAUCAACAAUAUCAGCUUUACUUUUACAAUUACCUUUACAGCUUUCAAAAUCUUUAGAAAAACUUAUUCAAUCUUUAAAUAAAUCAUCAAUCUUAGAUUUUAUUGACUCUCUAGAAAAAGCUACAGCACAAUCACAAUUCAAAUUAAAACCUUUAGAUAAAAAAUUAGAAAAACAACUUUUAAUAGAUCAUAAAAAUGAAUUGCAAGAACAGUUGUUUAAUAACGAUGAAAAUGAUAUUUAUAACCAAUUUCAAAUGAUUGUAAAUCUAUUAUAUAUCCAAGUAAAGGGUCAAUAUGUUUUUUCACCACCACGUCAAAUCAAUUCACUUAUUCAAGCAAUUUCAAAAGACGAAUCAUUUGAUGAUCAAGAAAUUUCUAAUAACUUAAAUUUACUUUAUCAAUUAAUUAUUAAAUCCUUCAAACCCAAUAGUAACCAAAUCGAAAAAGAUGAACUUCAUCAAAACAUAUUAAAUUUAAUAAACCAUUUUAAAAAUUAUUUAAAAAAUAAUCUUUAA